ACAUCUAAUACUACUCCUACUCUACUAAAUACAUACUCUAGUACAAUAACAAACUCAUCCAUUCAUUGCAUGGAAAAUAAAAAAUAAAACGCCUUAAACGGUGAAUUAAAAGGCAGCAUGGCAUAACCCCACACAUUAAUUAAUUAAGCCUUAUUAAAAAAAAAGAAAAAAAAAAAAGAAAGUUGCAAUAGAUAAAUACUCCGUAAUAAUUAAAUAAAUUAGGAAAUUUCCACCUUGACUUCAUCUAUAUAUAUUCACUCAAAUUAAACAACUUCCUCGUUCGAUCAAAUAUUAAUUCCCUCUCUCUUAAAAUACUUUUCUUACCCUCCAAACAAACCCUUAUUGUUUAUUUCCUACAACUUCCUAAAAAUAACAUACCCAUAAUUCUGAAAUUAGAAAUUUCAUCUUUUACUAGCAAAUUCACUCAUGGGUGAGAAACAAGAUGGAGAUCAGAAGAACAAUGAUGGACCCAAAAAGGGCGGUGGCGGUGGCGGUGGUGACGGCGGUUCAACCACCGUGGUUUUGAAGUUUGAUAUGCAUUGUGAAGGUUGUGCUAAGAAAGUCCGACGAUCAAUCAAGAAUUUUAAUGGAGUGGAAAGUAUAAAGACGGAUUGUUCAGCAGGCAAACUAACGGUGGUUGGGAAAGUGGACCCAGUAAAGAUUAAGGAAAGAGUGGAGGAGAAAACUAAGAAGAAGGUGGAAUUGUUAUCUUUUCAACCAAAUAAACCGCCUAAUAAGGAAGGCAGCGGCGGUGGCGGAGGUGGUGAGAAAAAGUCCGAUGGCGGUGGCAGCGGUGGUGGUGAGAAAAAGUCAGAAGCAAAAUCUGACGAUAAGAAGUCUGAGGAUAAGAAGGAGAAAGAGAAGGAAAAGCCUAAAGAGCCUCAAGUCGCUACCGUAUUAUUGAAGACGAGGGUACACUGUGAAGGAUGUGCUCAGAAAAUUAAGAAAAUUGUCGCCAAGUGUGAUGGUGUACAAGAUGUUAAUGUGGACUUACAAAAGGAUACAAUUACGGUCAAGGGGUCAAUGAACAUGAAAGAGAUGUUACCUUACUUGAAUGUAAAGCUAAAGAGAAAUGUAGAGCUUGCUGCUCCGGCAAAGAAGGAUGAAGGAGCUGGCGGGGACAAGAAAGGCAAGGAAGGUGGCAGAGAUAAAGAAAAACCUAAAGAAGGUGGUGGUGGUGGUGGAACAUCUGAUAAGCCGAAAGAAGGUGGUGAAAAGACUAAAGGAGGUGGUGAGAACAUGGAAGGCGGUGGUGGAGGACAAAAGAAAGACAGGGGAGAAGGAAAGGCAGAAAAUGUGACUAAAAUCGAGGUUAACAAAAUGGAGUAUAAUCCUUAUGCUUAUGGGUUUGGUGCUCAUGCAUACACUUAUGACCCAAGGCAGCAUGGGGAAAGCAGCAGCUAUAGUCACCAAGUUACAGACUAUUGGCACGAACCCGAGUACUCUCAGCCACCCCAGAUGUUCAGUGAUGAGAAUCCGAACGCCUGCUCUAUUAUGUGAUCGGGUUAGGAUAUGGAUUGUUUUGGUUUAGUCUAGUUCUACCACUUAUUAAACUUGUAUAUACUUAAUUAGUGAGGCAAAUCUUUAUGGAGGAUGAUAAUAUAUCUAACAAGAGCUGAGCUACCUAGCCCUUUUCUGUUCUUUUUCUCUUGGAAAAUUUUAUGUAUUAGCAUGGGAGUGGAAAGGAGAUUACUUCAAUACUUAUGUAAAAUUUUGUGUUGGUAAGAAAGGAAAAGAGGUGGUAAAAUGACUGAAGUUUUAUAGAAAUGUUUUUGCUUUUGUACAUA